AUGACUGUCAUGCUGAAACACUUCACCGUUGAGCAGAAGCAGGCCUACGUCUUGGUCGCCACCACGACUGGCCUCGUGCUCGCCUACACGACCUACCUCGCCCGCCUCUACGCUCGCUUCACCUUCAACAAGAAAUUAUACCGCGAGGACUGGUGGAUGGGUGCUGGGAUUUGCGUGACAUCGGAACUCUCCGUCGGGUUGGGGCAUAAUAUCAAGGAUGUCUCAAAACCAGACUUGGAGCAAUUUAUGCUUAGGAUGCAGCAGCCGACUCUGUUCUGCAUCAAGACUUCCAUCAUCCUAUUCUACAUUCGCAUAUUCGACACGCCACGAUUCAAACUUGCCGCAUUGAUCUUAUGGAUCUACACGCUUCUAUGGGCCAUCGGAGUUUGGUUCGCCACGCUUUUCGAGUGCCGUCCCAUUUCCUUCUUCUGGAACAAGAACCAGGCCGGGGGGUCGUGCAUCAAGGAUCCCCUCAUCACGAUUGGCCUCCCCAGCGGCGUCAGCUCUUGCAUCGGCGACCUCGUCAUACUUGCCCUGCCCAUUCCCAUGUUGCGAAAGCUGCAACUGAACCCCAAGAAAAAGGCCGGUUUGAUGGGCAUUUUCCUCGUCGGGCUAGUUGUCGUCUGCAUCAGCUUCAUCCGAUGGGUCGCCCUUUUGGGAACUCAUGAGAACAUAACCUCGAGCCAAGUCGAGGCUGGUGUCUGGACAUCCUUGGAGGGGUCCAUUGGCAUUAUGUGCGCCAACCUUCCUGCCCUAGCACAGCUAUGCAGACGGUGGCUGAGCGCGAGCCGCAGCGUGCAAGGCAACGAGGCCCAGGGAUGGAGCGAGACAUUGACGAUAGGAAGCGCGCAAAAGCGACGGAAACCUGGCCAGAGCCGUAGAUUUUCUAUGAUCGAUAGCCAGGAUGGAAGUCAAAUAGAGCUGGCCAAUCGAGUGCAGAUAGCGCACGGCGCGGCAGAAGCACGAGCUCAGUCGGGAUCGAGUGAUAGGAUACAUGUCCAGACGGAUUUGGCUGUCGAAUAUUGCCAAGUGCCAAGGCAACGGGCUUUAUCUUAA